CUUUUUUGUUGUUCCGUGGUUUAUUUUAUGUCGGUUUGCCGGUAUUUUUCUUAAAAUAAAAUUUUGAAAAAUGGUGAUGUUAGGCGAUGUCUUUCCUAAUUUUUCAGCCAAAACCACAAUUGGCGAUAUCAAAUUUCAUGAAUGGCUAGGUGAUUCAUGGGGCAUCCUGUUCUCUCACCCAGCUGAUUUCACCCCCGUUUGCACAACAGAACUUGCAAAAUUGAUAAAUUUGCAUCCAGAAUUUACCAAACGAAACACUAAAAUUAUAGCCCUGUCUUGCGAUCCAGUCGCCAAACAUUUAAAGUGGUGCAAUGACAUUAAAGUGUAUUGUGUGUUUACAGUGUACGCAGGGUAUUCCGGAGACACAUUUCCUUAUCCCAUAAUCGCGGACGAAGACAAAGAGCUUGCAGUCGAGCUGCAAAUGCUUGACGCUGAUGAGAAAGAUUCGAAUGGGCUGCCUCUCACUGCAAGAGCCGUGUUUAUCGUAGAUCCCAAUAAGAAGAUGCGAUUGUCUAUUUUGUAUCCAGCUACAACCGGAAGGAACUUUGAUGAAAUUUUGCGGGUGCUGGAUUCUUUACAGCUGUGCGACAAGCAUAAGGUUGCGACACCAUGCGAUUGGAAGGCUGGUGAAGAUGUGAUGGUGCAACCGUCAGUAUCCGACGACGAGGUUAAAACCAUGUUCCCAUCCAAAACUGUAGUUGCACUGCCUUCCGGGAAGAACUAUAUGAGGAAAAUUCCGCAGCCCUGAGGUUGUAAUUUUGAUUAAGAUUUCUGUUGUUACUAUCGUUUCUAAUGUUUUGUAAGUUUUAAGUUUGUUCAAGGAUAUAAACGCUUAAGUUUUAUAAACUUUUUCAUGCAUUG